AUGCAGGCCGUGGAAGCAAUUGUCUAUUUUGACUUGAGGACAAGGAAGAACUCAGAAGGACAAACUCCUCGAGAAUUAUUCUUGGAGAAGCAUAAAGGCUUGUCAAAGGAUGCAAAGGAAUGGACGAAGGAUACAUCAAACUCAUGCAUGGUUGUAGCUACUCUGGUCGCAACAGUUGCAUUUGCUGCUAUGAUCACUGUACCCGGUGGCAAUGACAGUGAGACAGGCAUGCCAGAUCUGGCGAGGAAAAGACUUUUUGCGGCAUUUUCCAUAGCAGACGCAUUAUCCAUGGGACGAGGGGCUGGAGCGGUUGUCAGACAACCGCUCAUAAACUUUUCAUGGCCAAGAUGUGGUGGGCCCAUCAUCAACGGCCAAAACCAAAUCGAACAAAAUGGAGAUGAGUGUAGAGGAUUGUUGCUUCAAUACAAGCUUAACUUUUAA